UAAUUGGAAGUAUAGUUUGAGAAAGUGAAUCAUAGAGACAACUUCGUCCAAAUAUAUUUUACGAAUUCUAAAUAUUUUACUAUAGAAAAAUGGGUUGUCCAGCGUGUUGUAAAGAUUGCAAAUGCACUGCAGCUAAGUGCGGAGAUGGCUGCCCCUGCGAUCAGCAAUGCAAAUGCAAUUGCAAGAGCGGUGCCAAGGACAACUGCUGCAAGAAAUAAAUUCGUUAGACCAGCGAACUUUGAAAAUAAAUGUCAACCACUAAUGGAAAAUUGAAUAAUUGAGCUCUAAAAUGGAGAUGAAUAAAGCAGAAACAACAACAUUAUAAAGUUUAUAGUUUUCUUAGUACACUCGAAAUAAACAAAUGCCAAUUUCAAAUUA